UGAGUGUUUUUUUUGGUAGAUAAGUACUUCAUUUAACGAAUGCUUAGUCAACAAGAGUUCUUUAGAAAUGUUAAGUGUUCUUGGGCUCAAGUAUAUAUAAAUUACAUCCUCGUGCUGAUAGUGUGUCUGUUUAAAUGAACGUAAAUACGUCUGUACGUUAGAGCACAUGUUCAGGGGAAGGUGCACACGCAAUGUAUCGUUUGAUGUGCGCGUGCACUCGUGUAUGUAUGCACAUGUAUAUGUGGGGAGAGUGUGGGUUACGGGAAGAGAAAAGGAGGAGUGGGAGGGGGAAAGCAGACUGCCGGAGGGGAAUCGAUCAGCUGACAUUCUUGGUGCAGGAGGCGAGGGAGGCGGACGGCCGGCGGGACAGAGGCAGCAGGUGAGCACAACACCCGGCGCCGCCAUGUGCCCCAUUCACCCUCUUCUGCGACCUCAUCCGCCGUGCUAGUGCCAGUGCCAGUGCCAAGGAGGAACCCCAGGGCCCCCACCGUCCCCUCCGAACUAUUUACCGGUCACCUCCCCCUCUCCCACCCUCUCCCUACCCCCAUCCCUCCCACGUGCACGUGUGUUUUGCAGGUGUGUGUGUGCGUGACGCUCAGGCCGGGCAUGCGGCGUGCUUAGAGUAUCAUCUCGCUGUUGUUGUCUUGCCCGGAAUCGCCAUCCAAACCAUCUCACGGGAUUGCCACGCGCGAUAAUUCACGGCCAAUUGGGCUUGUCGGCUAGAUUGUUGUGGCUUGAUGGAGUGGAGUGCCAUGAUGGAGUGCCGUGCCUGAGUGCCUGACGGGGCAGCGGGGACUGCGAGAGACGGCCUUCAAUGCACUCUGGAGACCGCGCUCGCCGGCUGGCUAAGAAGAUGGACGUGGUGGACAGCGACAGGUAUCGGGAGGCGGUGGAGCGGCUUCGGCGCCUCCUCUACGACCCUCCACCCUGGGAUGCUCCGCCCACACUGCACCCAGACCACGCCCUUCACUCCACCCACCACACUUACAACGCCUCCCACUACACUGCAGGGGGCGGCGGUGACAUAGAGGGCGUGCGCGUGGGUAUGAGCCUGGGUGGCACUCCCUCCAGGUGGCUGCUGGAGAUGCUGCGUCACCAGGAAGAUCUUAUUGCUCAACUCGAGAAGGAAAAUGAGUUCUUAAAGCGAGAAGUCGUAUCUGUGGGCGAGGGCGUGAAGGCGAUGGCGAAGGAGAACUCGGAGCUGAACAGAAGACUGACAGAAUCUCUAAAUCAAGCCAUUAAUACAGGCGAAGGCUCAGACACUUCUAGCUACAACUUAGAAGAGAUGGAUGAAGCCAUUCAGAGACAGAUGGCAGCACUAAGCAGGGAAAGAACCCUUCUGCAGGAGGAAGUAGGGCGUCUUGAGGGAUCCCUGGCGGCUGUGACCAAGAGAGAACAGGAGGCGCUGGCGAAGCUCAACCACGCUCUCGCUCUCGCCCAGGACACACACGCACACACGGCCAAGGUCAGAGCGAGCAGCGAGUCCGCCCUCGAGGAGGUGACCAACCUGCUGACGGUGACGCAGCAGGAGGGCAAGGAGCUGAAGCGCCAGCUGGCCGACGCCGAGGAGAGGCUGAAGAAGCAGGAGGGCAACGCCGAGGAGCGCGAGGGCCAGCAGAGGCAGCGGCUUCAGCGGCUGGAGGACGAGCGGGACGACUUGGAGCAGCUCGUCUCUCAGGUCAAGCAGCAGGUGCGGGACGGCGCGAGAAAGAUCGCGGACCUCGAGGAGGACCUGCACGUGGCCAAGGCGGCCCGACUUCGUCUCGAGGCCCAGCUGGAGGAGCAGCGGCAGCACUCCAAGGAUGCUCACAGCAGACUCGAUCAGAUCAUCAUGGCGCGCAGCGGCGAGGCGGCGGCGGGGGCGGCGCGGGCGAGGGAGCUGGAGGAGCGGCUGAGCGUGGCCAGGCAGGACUCCAACCGCCUCCUGCUCACCAUCACGUCCUUGGCGCAGGGUACAGGCCGGACCACCGAACUGGACACCACAGACGACGUGAAGAGUGAGCGACGAGCGGCGGAACAGCAACUGAGUGCUACCUUGGCCGCUCUCCAGACCAAGCACGAAGACGAAGUGAUGAAGCUGCGUGAGGCGGCGGACCAGCAGAGCGAGGCCAUGAAGAGCCUGAAGGCGGAGGUGGAGCGCAUGAGGCAGCAGCUGGCGGAGGACAACGAGAAGUAUCGGGUGUGCUUGGAUGAGGUUGGACGGGGUCUGGCGGCUCUGAGCACCUCAAGCCCCGACCAGAAAACUCAGCCCUUCAAAGAAGCGCCCGAUGCAGCCAGCAAGGACUUGAAAGCUCUGGAGGAUUCCGACAGUGGGCUUCCGUCUGCGACUUCUACGACUCCUGCCGCCGACAGCGAGAAGGGUAGAGACGCCUCGCGCGGGACUGCCGGCCAGGGAAAGGAGGUAGUGGAGAGGGAAUCCGAAGCAACGGAUGUUGUAAAAACAGCCGAGGAAACUUCGAAAGGGGAAAAGGAAGAGACAAAACGAGGUGAUAAAGAGGAAGAUCUGGAUAAAGAUAUAAAAGCCAGCAAUGGCGGUGCGGAGGAGGGGACUGGCGACGCCAAAGGCGGAGAGGACGACAAGACAGGAGAAGAGGACGCAGAAGAGGGGAAGAGCGAAGCCAAAGGCGGAGAUGACGACAAGAAAGACGACGACGCGGAAGAGGAGAACGACAGCCCCAAAGGGGGGGACGAUGACCCUAAAGAUGGAGACGGCGACGCCAAUGACGGAGAUGACGCUGCAGGAAGGGACGGCGAGCCAGGCGAAGACGGCGGCGACGCGCAGGGAAACGGCGACGGCGAAAAGGAAGGCGCCGACGAAGGAAAGGGGGAGCCCGACGACAGCCGUGGGAGCGCCGACGGCACGGAGGGAGAGGCAGAGACCAAAGAGAAGGACGCAGGAAAGGGCGAAAGGAGGGAGGAGGACAGUUCAGAGGCCAAGCAAGAAGAACCCUGCGAAGACGAGGACUGUGAAAGAUGCGUGAACUGGACGAUGAUAAUGGACUCUCUCGAGGACGCGCUGCAGGGCCUUCAGCUGGACAUCAACAAGCAAGCGGCCCGCAUCGACAGGCUAUCGGCGAGGGAGAGGGCCCAGUGCGACAACUGCGUCAUGCAGCACCUGGUCCUUGGCGCCGUCUACAACAGGCUCGACAACGUCGACAAGUACUCUCACAUGUUGGACGACAGGAUACAGUCGCUCUCCCACAGACUGCUGAGCUGUUAGACAUUGUGAGAACAACGGGCAAGGAGAGGGACGUCCUACGGCAGGAAGUCACGUUCCUUCGUAGGAUAGUGUCGACAUCUUCGGAUCCUACAGCUGCUCUAGCCAUGCCGCCCCUCGAACCCCUGUCUCCUCCUACU